CCCAGAGUUACUUUCGGUUUGUUCCUUCAUUUGUUGUUGUGGAUUCUGGACGAGCUCAUUCUCUCAGUGUCAGGUGUGGAGGUGGGAGCUGAUGUCCGUGUUUUUCUGGAUAUGAGGAGAGUUUCUCUCUUUCUGUGCUCGCUCUGUUUUUCCUGCUCUGAUCUGUGAACAUGGAGCGAUCAGCUGAUCUCUGCCUCCUCUCUUUGCUGCUCCUGGCCGUGCCCUGCUUCUCCCAGCCCGGGCUUAUUCAGGCAUACUUUCGGCUUGGAGACGCCCUGGUUCUGCAGCCUGUGCCGCCGGUCACUAAACGCAUCACCAGCGUGGUGUGGAAACGCAACCACGACCUGCUGGCCGAGUGGGCGGAGGGAGAGCGUGAGGUGAGAUACUACGGAAGGUUGAGAGGCCGGUCAGAGCUCAGCACCGGGACCGGACGCCUGCGCGUCAGCGCUGCGUCUGCAGAGGACGCUGGAGUGUUUUCAGUGGAGAUCAACAACGAGCCUCAGAGCGAGCUCUACAGAGCUGCAGCCGUGGAUGAGGUGCCCCAGCCUGAGGCCUUUGUGACACCUCUGGCCUGCAGUCAGGCCUCCUCUCGGUGUUUACUGCACUGCUAUGGACACACUGCAGACACUGAGGACAUCACCUACUACUGGAAGAUGGGCGAUGGAGAGUGGGAGGAGUCAGAAAAGAAGAUAGAGAUCCUCAAUGUUAAUGAGCUGCACCAUGUGAGAACUUUCUCCUGCAGGAUGAAGGACCCAGUGAGUGAGAAAGACAGCGAGCCCAUCAAUAAUCCUUUUUACAGACACAGGAGCCCACCUGACUCUGCAGGGUGGACAGGUGUGGCGGUCACUGUGGGCGGAGCUUUUGGAGCUGCAGCCCUGGUUUCUGUGGCUCUGUUUGCAUUUUGUCAGAGAGAAUUUAUCCAGAAGACCAUUAAGAAGCUCGAAGGCAGGAAUUCUGUCCCACAGAUGUCAGCGACGUGUAACUCUGUGUGAAGCGUCAUCAGCCUGGGUUUGUUGUUUGUGCGUUAGAAACUGUGACCUGCUGCAGGAGAGACACACAUGCAGAUAAACUCACGGCAGCAUGAAUGUUUGUGUUAUUUAACAGCCUCCUCUGUCUGAGCAGGAACUCUGAACUGUUCAGUGUUCUAGUGAAAAGAAACUGCUCAACUACCAGUAACAGAUUUUUAAUAUCAGUGAGAUUUUCACCUGGAUAA